CACUCCGUCAUCUGCUCCCGCUCCUCGCCACACUCAGAGAUCCGCGUCUCACACAUCAAGUCGAGCCACAGCACCCUCCGAGUCUAAUACCUCUUCUAGCGACAAGCAGUCGACGAAAUACUCGAAAUAUAGCAUUCACUCGACAUCAGACGAAUCUUCUUACUAUUCCCCUCGCUCUCAUACCUCUCAGCUGUCGGAAAAUUCGUCCGUACACUCUUCAGAAACCGAUCGCACGGAACGGUCGGCCUACUAUUCGGUGCAUAGCCUACGUUCGCCUGUGAAUUCUCCGAGAUUGGGGGAGAGCCAGCCGAAGUACUCGAAGUACAGUAUCCAUUCACUUUCUUCGCAGUCAUCCACGACUGUGCCGAAGAAUCAACCACAGACGCAAGCGCCUCCGGAUCCUCCGUUUCUGUCUUUAGACGGCGUCCUCGCUGGUGAGAGAGAAUCAGAGCGCAUACGGCCAGCUGCCGUUCCCCGUUCGUCACCACAAACAGUAGUUGUGCAACCAACCUCUUCUUCGUCCAAAGCAUCGCCUAUACUGCCAAAGGCGCAAGCUCAGACGCACCCAUCUUCUUCGUCACAGUCGUCGGUGCCUUUGUCUACGGCUACACCGAAGACUCAACCACAAAGCCGCCCGGAGAUUCAUCCACCUCAGUUAUCUGUGUCUGGUACCCCCGCUCGCAAUAAAGAACAGCCACCACCUGCCCUUUCUCGGUCUUCGUCGCAGAGGCCAGGUACCCAGCCAGCGUCUUCCUCGUCGAAAUCAUCAUCUACCCAACCAAGAACACAAACGCAGAGGCCACCGGACCCUCCUCCCUCGUCGGAAAGUGUUGCUACAAAUAGAGAGCAACCCCUGCCCGUUCCACCUGCCCGAUCUUCAUCACAACGAACAGUUGUUCAGUUGUCAUCAUCUUCGUCAAAACCCUCAUCUACAUCGACAAAGGCUCAAACACGGGUUCCUUCUGAUAUCUCGUCUUUACCUUUGAAGGGUGCUACCCGUGGUGAUACAGAACAUCCACCACCGGUUGCUCAUUCUCGCUCGUCGCCACAGAAAAGUGUGACCCAACCAAUUGCAUCUUCAUCCUACUCGUCAUCCACCGUCUCGAAGGCCCAAAGUCGGGUUCCUCCUCCUCCUCCUCCUCCCGCAUCUUCGUCUUCGAUCGAUUCUGCCGGUAACGAGAAAGACCGCCCACGGCCAGUGGCUCCACCUCGAUCGUUGCCACAGAGAAGUCUGACACAGCCAUCGUCUUCGCCCCAAUCCUCAUCUACUGUCCCAAAGACUCAACCCCGGGCUUCCCCGAAUCCUACGUCUUCAUCAUUGAGCGGUUCCACCGGCGGCGACAGAGACCGCACUCGGCCAGUAGCUCUUUCACGUUCGUCUUCUCAAAGAGUUGCACCUCCAUCCGCCCCUUCAUCGUCUGCCCGUCGAGAAGCGCCUGCAGAAACACUACCUCUUUCUUCGCAGACUCGAAGUGGUGUAUCGAGAGAGAAUACUCGCCCUGUCCCUGAUCCGCAUCUCAAACCGCAGGUCGUUGUCGUACCUUCGGUACAGGCUUCGUCCGGAGACAAACCUCGUUUGACUUCCACCAGUAGACCCUAUACUUCGACCCAGGAGCUUCGUGUGCCUCCCUCUCAGACCCAUUCGCAUACCACGCAACCUCCAGUGGUUACACCUCCGUCAUCUCCUCCACCUGCCAGCACUCGCCAACCUGAUAGAGAGCCCACGAAGAUCGUCCAGUCGACGCCACAACGCAUAUCCUCUCAGUCCAGUUCCAACCAAUCAACCUCUUCGUCCUCAAGUGCCACUAUGGCGCCCAACCCACAACCCACGAAGUCACGUCUCAAUCCGUGGCGCUCUUCAUCGCAGACCUCGUCAUCUCAGGCUUCUGGCUCCUCGACCGCCGUGUCUAGCAGCAAUGAGCAAUCGAGCAAACUACGACCCUUACCUCCACGAUCCACGCCACAAGCCAAAUCAUCAAACCCUCCGCCAUCACCAGUAACUCGCUCCACCUCAACCCCACCUACAUCCCCUGUUUCUCAGCCCAUUCCUCUACGAAAGGUGCCAGUACGAUCGUCAUCGCAAACUGUAGUCCCUCCAGGACAAGAUCCCCUCACAUCAAACACCGAGAAGGAACCUCCUUCGGAGCCGAAGGUCAAUGUCAUACCUAGAGCCAAGGUAUACGCCUUGGAGCAGUUCGCAAAGCUGGGACGAAAGCGAAAGGAUCAGGAUUCUGGGUCGGAGACAGGCAGCGACAGGAGCGCACCUAAGAAGAAGAAGCCGGAGUUUCCCCCUUCGUCUUGGUUCCAGGAUCCGUCGUCUUCCUCUUCCGCGACCGCUGCUCCCGCUUCUGAAGCUAGCUCUGGUUCCGGCUCUGGCCCUCCUCUGAGUACGAGCAGCAAGUCAGUUACGAGUAUGAGGCCUCCUGGUCAACAUGUGCGCAGGGCGUCUGAACCUGCAGUAGAACGUAUGCAUGUCCAGGGGAUUACGACACCCUUGAAAUCGUCUUCACAUUUUAUAUCCGCUGUGGACACUGAGGAUGCAGUCGCUGGUGAUGAGACGCCUCCUGCCGAUGUUGCGACGCCUAGGCGAGUGGCUUCACCGCCCGGAACGCCGAAGGGCCAGGAGAAUGUUGGCCCAGAGCCUGCCAACCUCGCACGACGCAUCCAAGCAUUACUUGGUUCUUUACCUUCGCUCUCUACUGCAACACCAACAGAGUCCGAAGAUACCCCCACGCAAGACUCCCUCUUCCCAGCCACUCCCAUAGCUUCCACAGCCCAGCGUUCCAGUCCUCCAACCACCCCUCCACGGUCAUCGACGCCCAAACCUCACUCCCCGAUUCCCUCUGCGCCUAUCACAGAUUAUCGUCUCAUCUCAAUGCUCUCCAACGGCUCCAUCAUGAACGGCUCCCUGGAAAAAGGCCGCCAAUCCGUCUUCUCCAUCCUCGACCGUUUACGUUCCCCGGCCCCAUCCCGUCCUACCUCUAUAGCCUCCUCAGCAGGAAUCGCACCCCCGAGCGUAGAAAACUACGAGGACGACAUGGACGACAACGAGAGCAUCAUGCUUUAUGCCCCGUUGGAACCUACGGAGGAUUCGGAAGUUGAGCUGGCCAGGUCGGAUAUCAUGUCGGUGUGUGAUGAUGGUGAGGAGGUGUUCGAGAGGGAGAGGCCGUCGCGGAGGAUUUCGAUGUUGAUGCUUGAGGAUGGGGUUGCGUUUGAUCCGUGGUCCAGUCCUCGAAAUAGUCGGGUCAGCAUGGCCAGUGUGUCUACCAGGGGUGGCGAUGCCUUUGUUCCAGAGGCUAGUGGUACGGUGGACGAGCAUGAACAAAGGCGAUCUCCGACGGACGGUGAUGAGACUCCUGGUACGGAGACGAAUGGCGCCGGUGAUGGAGACAAGGGAGAGGAGGCCCAGGGUGGUGCGAUCAAGCGUUGGUUUGACAGUUGGAAGGGCAAGGCUCCUCCCAAGGAAGAGGAUGCGGAACCCCCUCAGGCGCUUCCUCCUGUGCCUUUUCCCGUGCUCGAGAGACCUGUCAAGACGAGAGUGGUAUGGCUGCCCAGCCCAGACAAGAUAUCUUUCCAAGCUACGUGGUGGGGCUACCGAUUAUACCUUCCACCUCCGGUCCUUGAUGUCCUCAACAAUAAACGCCUCGAGGCAGCGAAACGAGCUGCUAUAAUCACGACCGCACUUCAGUGGCUGUUUAACAGCAUCCCAGUAGCCAUCAUACCUAUUCAAUUCCGUGCUGGUCUUUUCCUUGCGCAACAGAUAGUACCCUAUCUCGGUUAUAUCGGUGGAUUCUUGGCCUGGAGCUGGGGCUCUAUCAAGGCUUUCGACAAGGGUGAGGGUGUGGUUUUGACGGCGACGUGGCUUUUGCCUGUGGCUCUCAUCCCGGGAACCUGGGAGACGCCUCCAGACGCCCGACCGCCUUCGGGGAGCUUGACUGCGACGGAGGACACGCCUAGCUGUGAUCAUGCGGUGGCUGGCCCUUCGAACACGACGACAUAAUUGUUUCUUGUUUUGUUUAUUUAUUGCACACGGAGAUUCUCAGUUGUGACGUAGGAAUUAUAUCACAUUGUACGAAACAAUCUCGUUUGUAGCGUUCAAUGCGUUUGUGUCACAAUUUUCGCCAGGCCAGUUUUUCGAGUAGUUGGCGCCGGCUUCCGGGACUUCUAUUACAUAAGGAAUUCUUUUCGUCCACUGUCGCUCAUCCUCUUCCGAUUUCUUCCGCAUUGUCUGUGUCAACAUCAUGGGUCAUGUCGGACAAAUCAC